AUGGCUCCCUCUCCCGGAACGCCCUUGGGCGGCGAACACCCUGCACCCAUGCAAACCGACCAGGCGCCGCCUGCAGCACCCAUGCAAAUCGACCAGGUGCCGAGGCCAGCGCGCUCGCGCCGCACACGCGUCAGCGAGCCGUCAGCUGCAGCACGCUGCGUGCGCCAGGCACUCCACGCGGCACCGCCCCCACCACCCCCCGCUGCUCCGGUGCCGUCCGCCUUUGUCAAUGGUCGCGUCGCUUGCCCCAUAUGCCACACCUUCAGCUCCGACACGGCAGGGGGGCUGAUGCGCCACAUCUCGGCCAUGCACAGCGGUGCCGCGCUUGGUCCGUCCGCUGUUGAGGCGCUCAGGCUCCUCGACAGAGCCGUCUGCACCGAGGCGCAGUGCGGGGCCCUGAAUCGAGUUCGAGUUGGCGUUAAGACAUGCAUCCGGUGCGGUCGGGGCGCCAACCUUCGCCCACUGCAAGCUGGAGAUGUGGUGCCGGGGCCCCGGGGACCCCAUGCCGCACCGAGCCCUGCGCCAGCCCCAACCACUCCCGCACCCAGUCCUCCACAACCGGAAGUAGCAGAUGUGAGUCUUCCGCAGGACUGGACGGCGAGGGUGCGGGCAUUGCCCACGACCAGUCAAUGGCACGUACCAGUCUCCUUUCGCCUUCGGCACGCCCAGGCGUGGACACUGUGUCUGGAAGGCAUGGCUGCCGGGCUGCCCGGGUUCUGCCGCUUGGAAGAGGCGAGAACCAAGCUUCUUCUCGCUCAGUUCCCUAAAGGGGCAUACGGGCCCAAGGAGCUCGCCGAACGCUUUGCCUUGUGGGAAGCUAGUGACUUUGAAGGUCUCCUCGCCCGCGCCGAAGCCCAAGCCUUGCUUCGCCGCGGCCCGGCCCGACCUGCGCGCAAGCCCCGUACCGAGGACAGGGCCAAGCGCUUCGCCGCCGAAGGAGCUUACAGCAAAAGCUUGGGCGUGCUCACCACCCAGCUGGCCACUCCCACACCGGAGCAGCAGCGCCACUAUGCGACCCGCCUCCUGCCCCCCUCACAGCGAGGAGAAGCCUGGAGGGCCACGCCCGCCGCGGCCAUGCAGGUCGACACUGAGCCCGCCAACACAGAGCAGCACCACCCACUUCGAGGAGUACGCUACAAAGCCAUGACGGUCUGCCGGCCCACAGGCACCAGACCCGAACAUGCUCAGGAGGCUCUCAAUGUCCGCCAGAAGCCUGUCGGUCGACGCCUGGCUCGGGCCAUGAUGGCUGUCCAGCGUCGGGCCGAGCAAGGCAGCUUAGGGGAAGAGGCGCGCUGGCUCACCCGCACCAGGCUUGUGUACCUGCACCGACCCGGCCGCGACCUCCCCCGCCCCAUCCGCAUCGGCGAGUUCCUGCGCUCUGCCCAAGCCAAGCGCACCCUGCGAGCGGCAGCCCCGCGACUCCGCGGCACCUUCCGUGCCAUGCAUCAGUGGGGGGUGGAAAUGCCUGGCGGAGCGGAGGCUUUGGUGCACUGGCGCAACACCAUCGAGACGUUGGCGCUUCGCGGCUGCACUCCUCCCAUGGUUGCUUUUGACCUCGACCUUGCCAACAUGUUCGGGAGCAUCGA